AACGCAACACGAGUGCCCAAAGCAGCCCGAUGCCCAGCCCUGCUGGUACCGGCUCCCUUCAGAGCCUCCGGGGCGAUCGCGGCACACAGUCCACCCGCGCCGGGCACGGGCAGCUCCCGCCUUUGUUCGCCAAGGGCGCUCGGCGGCACACGGCGCGGCUCGCCCGGCACCGCCCGGAGCGGGCCCCACCGCCGCUUCGUUCGCCCCCACACCGCCCCGCUCGGGGCCGCAGCACUGCCGGGGCCGCGUUCGGAGCCCCCGCCCUGGCACCCGGCGCUCCCCGCCGCACCGCUCACCUGCGAGAGGCCAGCUGGGCUCCGAGGGGCCGGCGCUGUGCGAGCCGGGCCGGCGGGGCCGAGCGGGGCCGUGAGGGGCGGCGAGCCCCGCCCGCCCACGCGCAGCCGCUCCUCGAACCCGCCAAUCGCCGCCGCGCGCGCCCGGGCCCAGGGGCGCGGCCGCCAACGGCCGGCGCGGCCGCAUCAUCCGCACCGACCAAUGGCGCGCGGGGCGGGGGGGCCGGGGCGGGCGGAGCGGCUCUCCCGGCAGCGGCCCCGCGGCGCUACCGCGCUGCGCCCCCGGAGCGGAGUGGCACGGCCGCGCUGCUGCCCAUAGGAAACACAGGCUGCGAGUGCGCCUCUGCCGCCCCGAGCGACUGCAGACAAGCCUGUUCUGAAGAUAACAAAAACAUAAAAGCAGCAGCCAAUUAUGAAACUCCUCUACAGACUGAAGAAUUCUCCAGUCAUCACAGAGGCACCAGAGGAACAACUGGAGUUCCAAUUGAAAUGCCUGGAAGUGAAGCUUCCUUUCAGAAGGAAUUGCCUGUUGGUAGUUCCAGUAAACCAGAUAGCAAAGAACAUGUAACUACCUCCAAGAUGUCCAAGGUCCUCCUGCGUCAUUUUUCUAGGGGAGAAUUACUAAGCACAUGCCACUUGAUUGAAUGUGAGACAAUACCAGAGGUGUCCUUUACUGAAAGUAUCGAUGACACUGGCAGCAAACCUGAGCCUUCAGAACACAGCAAAGGCUCUUUAGUGUAUGAACAAUGGGCAGCAAGCUCCGAGGAGUAUCCCUUAGAAAAGCACGAAGAAGUAAAGGCUGAUGACAAAAAUGGAAACGCAUUAAAUGGAAGUAGAUCUGUUUCAAAGAAACCUAUUUUUUCUUCUGGUCAGCGUGGGUGCAGACAAGAAUAUUCACAACUGAUUAAUGAGACUGGAAACACACACACCUUUCAGAACAUGAAAGAUGAGAGAACCCUGUUUAAAAGAACAGUUUCACCUUCUCAGCUCAAAUAUGGCCAAGGGCAAGCUCACUAUUGCCUUCCUGACUUCUCUGAAGUUACUUCAGAAGUUCAAGUACCAAAGAAACCUGACAAUAUUACCUCAGUUCCCUCAACUGAAAGAGAAAAACCCUGUCCUAUUUUGCAAAGUCAAUCAGUAACUGUGAACAAUAUUUUGGAAAAUAAGAAUUACUUCAAUUCUGCUGAAGUAGAGAAUCAAGCAGAAAGGAGUAUUUCAGAACUGCUGCAACAGCUACAGAUGCUGACACAGCAUGCGGACAUCCAGAAUCAUAUUGACCAUCUGAGAUUUAAUCCUAAGAUACUUCCUCAGUCAGACUUUGCAAAUGCCAACAUUGCCAUUUCCUCAGGACACACUGGGACACCGCCUGAUGUCAUCACAUUACGUGCUCCUGUCCCUGUACAACCUACACCUACUACCUAUGGUGUGCUUAAAGCAAGACUGCAGCCCAGAACAGCAGCAUCAGCACUACCAGCAGCUGGGACAGUAAAAGCACAUUGUCUAAAUCCUUCUGAUUCACUGCCAGAACUAACACUAGGAGAAAAGAUGUCUCAAAUACUAAAGGAUCAGACAGAGCAACUGACUAAGAAAGUGGAAGACUUCUCUAAGGAUAUGAUCCAGGAAACACUCUUUUUACAAGACAAAUAUCUGGCAUUAAAUCAACUGAAAAGAUACCUUGAUGCCUUGGAAAGAAAUUAUAUAAAAGCUAGAGAAGAGCACCACAACUUACAGCUGCAGAACUACAAGGACAAGCCUAUCAACCUCGGACAGUUUGAUCCUGAGAGAAGGGUGGAAGGAGGAAUAUUCAGACUUGGCAUGCUGCUUGAAGACAUUCAAGAACAAAUGGAAGGCAGCAAAGGCAGCCUGUCAUCGUUACUGACUUCCUAUGAAUCUGCCCAGUCUUUCUGUGAGAGCCUCACCGUUUCAAGCACUGCUGAUCUUCCACAAACAAGAGGUACUGAAACUCCAUUUUUUCACAAGAAGCAUGAGGGAGAAAGAAGUCAGACAACUGAUCUAACCCCAUCAGCAAAUCAACUUUCUUUACAAGGCAAAAAGUGCAAUCUUUGUCUGCACAUAAAUACAAAUAUCCAGGAAGGAAAAACUGGAACAUCUCCACUCUUCAUGCAGAGAAAACCAACUGAUUUAUCAGAUACCAACCUGAGCAGCGAUUCAGAAGACUUCUCAGCCUGUGAUUCUUAUAAUGAUUCACAAAGCAAGGACCUUGUCAGCUGUGACACUCUAAGUUACAAAUCAUUAAAUACAAGAUUAUGUGGAGAGAGACAAGGACUUAGAUGCAGAUGCCCUAGGGGAAGCAGAGAUCAAGUAAAACUCAGGAAUUACAAAGAGUCUGUUCAGUCUUGUACCCUAUGUAGAAAAAGCAGCUCUGGUUCAUCCUCUAAUUCACAGAAGAGAAUCUCCACUCAAAAGGCUCAAAAACUCAAACAGCCAGGUGAAGUUGUACCCAGACUUUGUGAAAGGAAAUCCUUUGUGGCUGCCAAAACCUGCUGUUCAAAAACAUAUGAUAAAAUUAUCCUUUCACAGCAAUACAUACCCAGUAAGAAAUCUGCCCAAAGAAAAUCUGCAAGCAACAGAAAUGCCAAUGAUUCCUAUGCAAAUGUUUUAAGUUCUACUCUGGAUCAUGCCAUAGAGACAGCAAACAGUUUGAAGAAAGCUACAGAGCGAAUGGUACAAGCAGUUUCAGAAGAUCUAGCUAAAGUUAAAAGAAAACAGUUUUAAUUAUCUAGUUCAAAUGCUUUGUUAUUCUGCUGGUUCAUACUGAAGUGUUAGUAUUUCUGCAAAAAUCAAAUGAUGAACACAAACAUGAAAAAGUCAGCUAGCUAACGUUGUCAGCUGUUCUGUACCUAUUGGUACUAAACCAAACCAGAGCACAUAGGUAUUCCACGUUUAAACUCAGUCUUAGAACUGUAAAACAAAUUAUUAAUUCUACUAAAAUUAUUUAGUAGGUUGGCUAAUCCAAUUACUGCGUACCGAUACCUUCUGUAAGUAUUCACUUAAGACAGCUUCAUAAAAAUUGGCUUUAACAAGUAAAAUUAACUUUCUGACUUGGAUUUCCCCCACUUCCAAGCCUGAGAAUAAAUCUCAGUCAUUACUUCAAAAUCACACCAAGAGAAAACAGCCUCUGUACCUGAGACAUCUAGAAGCAAACAUCAUGUUAACAUACCAAGUCAUAGUCAACAUUUGGAAUUAUUUUGGUUUUAGAGUGCCCUACAUUGAGAGUUUGUUUUUAAGAAACAUCCUUGUAUGUUGCAAUGGCUGAAUUACACCAUUUGUUGUUUUAUGUAUUUGUAACAAUUAAAUUGGUUCCUUCAGUUUGUCCUCAAGAUGUCCUUAAUUUGUCAGAUAUAUCUGGCUUUGACAUUUUAGCUGAUGGUAAGUAGGUUGGAAAAUUUUAAAAUACUGUAGAAAUUCAGUGAGCCAAGAAAAAGUCAUCUACUUUUUUCCUUCUAACAUCCAUUUGACUGCAGUGAUUAAAGGCACACAGUUAACAGCCUUGUUUCAUCAGGGAUGCUACUCACUGAAGCCAAAGUACAUAAGGACUGAAAACCAAAUUAGAAAUGCCAGUACAUUCUUUAAAAAGGACAGCUGUUUUUAGGCAAACCUGAGCAAUUUCAUCAGUAGAGGACACAGAAAUAAUCCAGACUCUGUUCAUACAAGCAGUGAUUGCUAAACUCACUGCCAUGUGCCACUUGCUCACUAGCCUGAGUCACUGGCUUUUUUCAGGGCUUCUUCCACCCUUCACAGCCAACAAUACCAUCCAAGUCUUUUGCUCCUUAGCCUUACUGUAUAUCCUUAUAACUUCAUUAGCCUCUCAUUAUCCCUGGUUUUGCUUUAUUUAGUUUACUGUUUGGAAUGUCCCCUGAUGGAAAAAGUGGAUAAGGGAUACAAAAAAAAAUAGACUAAAACUUUUGAGUUAUCAGCUAUCAGUCUGAGCUGGUGAUAACACUUAAGCCUGAAGGAGAGACAUGGAAAAAGACUUAAGUGCUGAAUCUACAGAAGUAGUCCUGAAUUGUGAGCUGGUAUUUCUUCAACUCUAUGCAAUUAAAAAAAAAUAUCAACACAAUGGAUUUUAUAUACUACCGAAAUCAAUUAUUUCAGUCCUUAAGUGUAACACUGAUAUCAGCUAUUUCUUUCUGUACUUAACUACUUUCCAGCUUUAGAAAUAGGAAAAAAAAUUGUUGUAACAGCUAUAUGUAGGUGCAAACUUGGGUUCCUCUUGCCAAAAGUGUAAGAAAUAUAGCUAUAAUUUUAGUACAAUUUUUCAGUACCAAUUUCAAAGUGUGCAUCAUUCGUAAAAAAUACUGAACACUGUGUUUCUUAGAUAAGUACUUUAACUCUGGAUUUUUACUGUGAUGGAGUUAUAAACUAGAAAGCACAAAAACAAGAUCUUUUUGCUACAUUUUUUAAGGUUGUAAUGUACAUGGUAUUUGAUAAACCAAUUGAUUUAGAAGUGUUGCUUCCGUAGUCCUAUUGAAAAAAAAUUCGGUGUAGAUUCAAUUCCAAACUCCUUUAGGUGCAUUUGAAAGCUACAGCCACUCAUCACACCCCAUGUCCUGCAACAUUUUAGAAUCAUUAUGUCAUGUCCUCCUCUUUCAUUCCUCUCUGAUGUAGGGGGAGAACUUGACCUUUUUCCACCUUUUAAUUAACUCUGAAUGAACUCAUCUAACAAAAAUGUUCUCUUAAAGUAUUGGUUAACCUGAGAGCAAAAAUAAAGGCAAAAAACCCAAAAUCCCAAAAAAACCCAAAAACUCAUAAUUGGGAAAAUGUAAACAACAGGACAUGAGUAAUCUAUUCUUUUUCAUUAUAACAUUUUUCUUGGAUUCUACAUACAACAAACUAACAUUUCAAGGCACAUAAAUACAACAUCCCCUUAAAAGUUCCAUAAUUUUAAUUAAGUAAUUUUUCAAGAGAAAUCUAAACAUUACCAGUGUUACAGAAUUCAUACAAUUUGAUUUUUAUUCCCUUCAAUGCAAAUUUAAGUAUUUCUUAGUAUGUAACAAAGUUUUUUAAAAGUCAGUUCUUUUGAGUGCAUCAGGUUUUGUCAUUUUGUUUGCUUUGUGCUUUUCUUUUCCAAGUUACCAAACCCUUGGAAAGACUGAGCUGCUUCCCUUUUUGUCCUGUCCUUUCCCCAUGCCUCCACUUCCACAAAGAGACAUGCUUGGUUUUGGAAUUUCUGUAUCACAGGCAAUUCAACUUCUGAAACAGACAGACUAUGUAGACAACCAUAAGGAAUUUGCUAAGAAAUUAACUUUUUAAAAAGCUUCAGUAAUAAUUUCUGUAUAUACUUAAAUAUAAAGUGUACUUCAGUGCACAGUUGACAGCAUUUCUCCAGAGUUGUUUACUGUGAUUGGAACUGAUCAAUAAUUCUGUGAUUAACAAUCUACCUUACCCAGCACCAUCUAAAAAGCCU